ACGCAUCGAACGAACUGCAGCCGGGUCAAUCGCAACCAGCACUCUGACUGCCUCCAGGGCCGAACAGCGCUGCCACGAUGAGCGCACCCACGGCGAAGAGCAAGCGAGGGCCGACGGUGCUCAUGAGCGACUCGCGCGAUGUGGCGCCGCGCCCGCAGCAGCGGCCAUCGUCAGCGCUGCAGCGACAGGCAACGGGCGCGCGCCUGAUCAGCGUCGACAACAUCCUGCAGUAUGCCUCAGACAUUCCCUCGCAACAGCGCCGCGGACCGCCAGGCGUGCGCCCCUCCAAUCACAACCGCACGCCCAGCGGCCGCCAUCCGCUCGACCCCAAGCUGUCCGGGCGGCUGAUUCCCGCGCACAUGCCGACGCGCUCGUCCAAGCUCAGCGAGAAGCUCGUGCUGCUGCCCGAGACGAACGAGCUGGACGAGGAUGAGGUCGGCGAGUUCGACGAGGACGAAAGCGCCGGGCCGCCCACCGACGCCCAGCUCGCGCGCCGCAAGGUUGGGCCCACGGACAAGAGCUAUGCAGAGCGCCUGCCCAAGGCCCGCCGCACCGACAAGCUCUCGCGCGUCACGGCGUACUGCACCGCCCAGGCCUACAAGAUGAAGAGCACCGCCGCCUUCGUCCGCGACACGCACCACGCCCGCACCAAGCUCUACGAUGAUUGCCUGUACUGCGUCUACCACCUGCCGCUGCUGCCCGCCAGCGACGGCUACCGCGUGCGCAGUAGCCCGGCCCUGAAGUCGCCGGGCGGCAAGACGGUCCUCGACGAGGAGAUUGAGCGCAACGAGGCCCGCCACCACCAGGAAGGUUACUUUGGCGACGACGAGACGUACUACGUGCGCGACGACGACCAGGCCUCGGACGAGUCGCCCAGCUUCCUCUCCCACGCGAACAGCACCCGCGACCGCCGCGACUCGGACUCGGCCACCCGUGUCCCCCCCAAUGCCCUGUCAUUCGGCGAGAUGUUCGUCUUCAGCUACGGCGUCGUCGUCUUCUGGAACUUCACCGAGAAGCAAGAAAAGGACAUUCUCGCCGACCUCACCUUCAGCUUCAACCACACAGGCAUCCAGAUCGCCACGCGGCCGCUGACCGAAUCCGACUUUGAGACGGAGGAGUUCCACUUCGAGUACAACCCCGAGAUCCCGCGCCCGCGCGUCUACAACGACAUGAUCACCCUCAAGAGCGGCGACCACAUGAUCAAGCUCGCCAUGAGCCACGCCAUCGCCCAGAGCACCAAGCUCAGCCUGUUCGAGGAGGGCAUGAGCCGCACCAUGCUCGCCGCCCAGUACGUGCCCAAGCGGCUCGCGCUGACGGGCAAGCUGGGCAUGCGGCGCACCGACGUGGUCAAGAUGAUUGGACAGCUGUUCACAAGCCGCGUGGACGUCAAUUUGUCGUCCAACCUCCUCGAUGACCCGGCCUUCUUCUGGGACUCUGAGCCCACGCUACACCCCCUCUACACCGCCGUGCGCGAGUACCUCGAGAUCAAGCCGCGCAUCCAGGUCCUCAACGAGCGCUGCCAGGUCUUCCUCGACCUCGGUGAGAUCCUGUCCGACUCCAUCAGCGACAAGAAGAUGACGCGCAUCACCUGGAUCAUCAUCUUCCUGAUCGUCGUGUCCAUCUGCGUCACGUGCCUAGAGGUCAUACUCCGGUUUGCCAUUCUGAAUUCCAGGAAGGGCGUCGUGCCCGUGCAAGGCGACGGCGUCGUGCUGCAGAUGGGUGGUUCCGCGCGGCUGGGCGGGCUGGAUAGGGUGGGGUAUGCGGGCCCGAGUUUGCUGCUGGCGAGGGGGUUGGUAUGGGUUGUCAGCCGCGUGAGGGGCGUGUUUGUGUAAGAGCCAGGGGUCUGUAGCAUAGCGCUGGCGUUCUUGGCUUAUUUGUACAUACAUAUCGAAGCACUGUCCUCAUCCAAUGUUCUCUGUACAUACAUCUCGAGUCCACUGUUCUCAUCCACCCACACAUUUUCCUCCGCCAUCGCACCAUCCCCCCUCCCGCUCACUCUGCGGCCCCAAUCUCCCCAAAUCGCCUUGGAAUCCAUGUCCUCACCCACCGGCAGCCCAAGCUGCUCAACCGCAAACCCACUCGCCACGGCCCCUAGCACAGCGCCGCCCCCACACUCCCCUCGUGGAGCCGCUCC